AUGACUACAAUCGUUAUCGACGUUUGGUCUCCUUUCUUCAAGAUGUCUCGGUACCGAGAAUGGGAUCUAUCUUGCAAAGUGUACGUAGGAAAUCUCGGCACAAACGCAUCUAAAUAUGAAAUUGAGAAAGUCUUUUCAAAAUAUGGAAGCAUUAGAAAUGUGUGGGUGGCGAGAAAUCCGCCCGGUUUUGCGUUUGUUGAAUAUGAGGACCCAAGAGACGCCGAAGAUUCAGUACGAGGUUUAGAUGGCACACGUUGUUGCGGAACAAGAAUUCGUGUUGAGAUGAGCAACGGCAGGACACGAAGGGAUCGCAGGUCCAUUUUAUCAACCAACCACCAACACACCAACGACCUCACCACAUCUCUACACCACAACUACGGCUUCUUUACCAAUAAGACAUCCGCGACCGUCGCUCGCAACACCCCGCUCUGCGAUCGGCUCUCCAAAUUACUACGCGCAGCUGAAGCCUUCGUCAACUGCGUCCCUCCCCUCCUCUUAACAGCCAUCACCUAG